UUAUACCUCGUUGUUUAUGUUUUUGGUGGAAGCAUUUAUAUCACGUGUGGUAAAUGACGACCUGAUCUUACCUGACCUCACUAAUUACCUCACUAAGAGACUUUAUAUCAUCACCGCCUCGCACAUUCAAGUGAAGUGCAGUUGGGUCUCCAACCACAACCAGUUAGCCACAAACGCAAAGCACAAAGAGGAAAGAGCUACAACAAUGGAGGACGCCAUCGUCCUGUACACAUUCCCGGAGAUCGGCCACGUCAUCUCUACGGUCGAGCUCGGCAAGCUCAUCCUCCACCGCCACGGCCACCAGUUCGCCAUCACCGUCCUCCUCACCGUCGGCUUCGUCGACUCCCCGAGCAUCACCUCCUACGUCGACUCCAUCUCUCGCUCCCACCCUUCCAUCUCCUUCCGCCGCCUCCCUCCCGUCUCCGUUGACCCGGCCAACCCCCCUCGGAGCCACGCCGCCGUGGCUUUCGAGUUCGUACGCAAGAACUCCGCCAACGUCCUCCAGUCUCUACGGGACAUCUCCGCCGCCUCCACCGUGAGAGCGCUCAUCAUCGACAUCUUCUGCACCACCGCGCUGCCCAUAGCGAAGGAGCUGAACAUCCCCACGUACUACUUCUUCACCUCUGGCGCGUCUGCACUUGCCGCGUUCCUUUAUUUGCCGAGACUUUUUGAGCGCUCGACUAAGAGCUUCAAGGACCAGGAUGGGGUCGUCCUUGAGUUCCCGGGCCUCCCAUCCUUGAAGGCCAUCCAGAUGCCGGAGCCGACCCUCGAUCAGGACGACCCAGCCUACGGCGAGAUGUGCUACUUCUGUGACCACCUGACCAAGGCGGAUGGGAUUCUGGUGAACACGUUUGAAGCGCUCGAACCGAAGGCAGUGGAGCUCAUCGCCAGCGGCGCAUGUGUGCCGGACGCGCCGACCCCGCCGGUUUACUGCAUCGGGCCCCUGAUUGCGGAUGAGUCCUCGCGUGCCGGCGACAGCACUGUCGGCGGGCAGCAGGAUUGCCUGUCUUGGCUGGAGAAGCAGCCGAGGAAGAGCGUGGUCUUCCUGUGCUUCGGAAGCCGGGGAACGUUCUCGGCCGAGCAGAUCAAGGAAGUGGCGGACGGGCUGGAAAAGAGCGGUCAUCGGUUCCUGUGGGUGGUGAAGAAGCCGUCCGGCCAUGAGCAGGGCGGCGGCAACGGCGAUGUGGAUUUGGAGGCGCUCAUGCCGGAGGGUUUCCUGGAGAGGACCAAGGAGACGGGGAUGGUGGUGACGUCAUGGGCGCCGCAAGGAGCAGUGCUGAGGAAGGAGGCGGUGGGGGGGUUCGUGACGCACUGCGGGUGGAACUCGGUGCUGGAGGCAGUGGCGGCGGGGGUGGCGCUGGUGGCGUGGCCGCUGUACGCGGAGCAGCACAUGAACAGGAACUUCCUGGUGCAGGACAUGGGGAUGGCGAUCGGGGUGGAGCAGCGGGACGGCGACGGAUUCGUAAGCGGGGACGAAGUGGAGAGGGCGGUGAGAGAGCUGAUGGAGUCGGAGCACGGGAGAGAGCUGAGAGAGAAGAGCUGGGCGAAGAGAGAGAAGGCCGCCGAGGCUCUGGGAGACUCCGGAUCUUCUACCGCGGCGCUGGCCAAGUUGGCCCAAACAUGGAGCAGCCUCCCAUGAAGCGUUCAAGUUCUUGCAUCACUUGUUUUAAUUACCAUGUGAGUUCAAUCUAAAACUUACAUAGUUUGGUUUCUCUUGUCAUUGGAAAGUUGUUUCAAGAGAUCGUUCAUAAAGAGUCCUGCUAGUAGGAGGACGGCGCAGUUAAUAGUGAAUUUUUCAAAGUUGUUUUAUUUGUUAAGAUA